AUGCAGGCAGAACCACAAAUAGAGCUAGCUGCCACUAACCAAUCACUGGUGAAAGAGUUUAUCUUCCUAUCUUUCCCCAUACGCCGCGACAUGCAGAUAAUCUCCUUUCUGGUCCUGAUUCUCACAUAUCUCCUCACCCUCACGGGAAAUGUGGUCAUCCUUUCCCUUAUAUGGACCAAUCAAAGUCUUCACACUCCGAUGUAUUUCUUCCUCAGCAACUUGUCUUUCCUGGACAUCCUCUUCACCACAGUGAUUGCUCCCAAAAUGCUCUCCAAUCUUCUGGCUGAAAAGAAAACAAUUUCCUUGCACGGUUGCUUUGCCCAAAUUUAUUUAUAUUUCUUCCUGGGGACUGUGGAGUUCAUCCUUCUAUCUGUCAUGUCUUUUGAUCGUUAUGUGGCCAUAUGCAACCCACUGAGGUACACUGUAAUAAUGAAUGGGCGAGUCUGCUUUUUGAUGGUUUUGGGAUGUUGGGUGGGAGCCUUUCUGUCAGUCUUUUGUCCUGCAGUUCUUCUCUUCAGACUUCCCUAUUGUCGGCAAACUAUCAACCACUUCUUUUGUGACAUUGCACCAUUGUUGGAUGUGGCUUGUUUUGACACCCACUUCAUAGAACUCCUUAGUUUCUUCAUGUCUUCCUUAGUGGUCCUCAGUUCCUUGAUGCUCACGGUGGUAUCUUACACUUACAUCAUCUCUACCAUCCUCAAAAUCCCUUCUGGAAAAGGGAGGCAGAAGGCCUUUUCUACUUGUGCCUCUCACAUCACUGUGGUCACCAUUGCUUAUGGAAGUUCUAUCUUCAUGUAUGUCCGUCCAAAUCAAAGCAGCUCUCUAGCCUUUGAUAAGGUCGCUGCUAUCCUGACAACAGUGGUGACCCCUCUUCUGAAUCCCUUUAUAUAUAGUCUCCGGAAUGAGAAAGUGAAAGAAGUUUUCAAGGAGGCACUAGAAAGGAAAUUUCUUCAUAAGCAUGAUAUUGCUUGA